AUAACUGGUUUUUGGUAAUCGUUUGUUCCUACGCCCUGCCCUAUGUUGAAAAAACUCCCAUGUAUCCUAGCUCCUGGCUUGCCUCCUCGGAGAAUUUUUCUCAGAGCUACCUGAGAUGCUGUCUCCUGGGCUUAAGUCCACACUUUGCCCCAAAUAAAACUUAACUCUCAGCUUUCAGGUUGUGCAUUUUUUAAAGUCAACCCUCUUAAUGAGGAAUGCAGAAAUCUUCUCCCUGCUGGCUGAGUGAGUCGAGGUGAGGUGAGGAAUACAUGUGUGAACUCUGCCUUUGUGGCUUCCUAACUGCACUCUAAAUCAAGUUUCCUGUAUUCAUGUUCACAGGACAUGUGUUUUCAACUCCUUUGGGAAAAGACCAAGAAGUGUAAUUGCUGGAUCAUGUGACAAAAAGUUCUUGAAUCCCUCAGGCCUUGGAGGAGGAGAGUCAGCUGGGACCAGUCAAGAGCCCCAGGAGGAGACAUCUCAGGAGCUCCCGACCCACCAUCAGAAUGCCUCUUCCAGGACUUGUAGAAAUGUCUCCAGUGUCCAGGUCCCAGCAGUUACCCAGGAUGGAAGUAAGAUUCCUGUAGUCGACAGUCUCCAGAGGCAGAAUCUAUCAUAGGAGUAAAAAUCUAAAAGCUAAAAGCGUUCCUGUCCCCUAGAUACGCUACACCCUCAAACAUGUUCAUGUCUAAUAAUGCCUGCUUGGCACCUACCUCUUUUCGGCUUACCGGCAUCCCAGGACUGGAGUCCCUGCACCUCUGGCUCUCCAUCCCCUUCAGCUCUAUGUACCUGCUGGCUGUGGUGGGGAACGUGGCCAUCCUUGCCGUGGUGAAGGUGGAGCGUAGCCUGCACCAGCCCAUGUACUUUUUCCUGUGCAUGCUGGCGGUCAGCGACUUGGUCCUGUCAACCUCUACCAUGCCCAAACUGCUAGCCAUCUUCUGGUUUGGUGCCCGCCGCAUUGACCUGGAGGCUUGCUUGGCCCAGAUGUUCUUUAUCCACUGCUUUGCGACUGUUGCGUCAGGCAUCUUCCUUGCCAUGGCUUUUGAUCGCUAUGUGGCCAUCUGUGAGCCACUCCACCACGCCUCGGUGCUCACCCGUGCAAUGGUGGGUCGUUUGGGCCUGGCUGCCCUCCUCCGGGGGGUACUCUACAUUGGACCCCUUCCUCUGAUGAUCCGCCUGAGGCUGCCCCUUUACCGGGCCCAAAUCAUUGCCCACUCCUACUGUGAGCACAUGGCUGUGGUCACCUUGGCCUGUGGUGACACAACCAUCAACAACUUAUACGGGAUGGGAAUUGGCUUUCUGGUCUUGAUCCUGGAUUCCUUAGCCAUCUCCGCCUCCUAUGUGAUGAUUUUUAGGGCAGUAAUGAGGCUGUCCACCCCUGAGGCCAGGCUCAAAACCCUAGGGACAUGCAGUUCGCACAUCUGUGCUAUUCUCGUCUUCUACAUCCCCAUUGCCGUCUCCUCUCUCGCUCACCGCUUUGGCCGUCACGUGCCUCCCCAUGUCCAUAUCCUUCUGGCCAACUUUUACCUCCUCAUCCCACCCAUCCUCAACCCGGUAGUCUACGCUGUCCGCACCAGACAAAUUCGAGAGAGACUUCUCCACAUUCUUAAGGCAGGGUCUCAACCCAAGUGACUGUUUAGCAUCUAUGGGCCACACAUAUAUUUAGGGAUGACAGGAAAAGUCUCUGCACAGGGAAGCCAAUGAAACGGGACCCAUGCAACCAGGUCUUACCUGCGAGGUGAAGAUGAGAGUCUAAGAGGAAUGCCAGAACCUAUUCCAUUUGACCAUGGCCUUCCUGAAAGAAAUAUCUGAAGUGCUUCCAAGGUAUAAUCAGGGAUUGAUGUUUGUACAAUAUCCCUUUUCCUAUUUGACUUGAUAAAACUAAGCCCAAUACACACAAGCCUACAGACUACAGAAGUAGGAUCACUUCUAUCUGACUUUUGGGGGAGGAGUUCUGGCUUCUCUUGGGGGAGAGUAUUUUGUAUAACUUCUAAAAGGUAAAUUUAUAUUUUAACACCUUCUUGAAGACAGCUUACAAAUUUGUUAGUUAAAGGUCUGGAAAAACUAAACUAUGUGAGAAAGCUUUUCCAAUCCUUUUCACUUGCCCCAGAAAAAGUCUUCUGUUGAGGAUGAAGGCAAUCUGAAUGCGAGAAAUCUCGAGUGGGAUUCUACUCCCACAGAAGUGAAAGUCCUCAAGCCAGGCCAUUCCCUCACUUAAAUAGGUAAAUGGAAAGACGAUAACUGGGAGCAGGGGACAGAAGGCCAAGAGGAGCUUCCUUCUUGGAGGUCCUGAAAUGGCACAGAUUAGGGGCAGCAGCCAAACUGAAAUAAGAUGAGCGAGGAAAGAAGGAAACGGUGGGAUCACUGACUUGAAAGAAGUUGGGUAAAGAACUGAGUCAAGGUGAUGAGACUAUAUUCCCAGUGGCAGGUACAAGCCUUGAUAUAACUUUAGAUCUUCAAAGAAUUCUUAGUUCAAACACUAUUUCUCCCUUUUUUUGUUGAUCAUAAAAUUCCAUAAUGACAUGACGACUUCAGGCACACAAAACUAUAGAAAUGUUGUGGUGAUGCAUAAGAAAUGAAGCAAUCACAUUAAAACGCUCUUUUAACCUCAAUUCACAAACCACUAUAAAAUUUGAAAAGCUAAAAUGGCUUCCCUUGGGCUAAAACUAAAUCAUUUUAGUAUUUGAACAUAUAAUCUAAUGAACUCAAUGAUUAAACCAGAGCUGAAAUUCAAGCCUCGCAUUGGCUACAAAAAAAUGAAAAACUCUAAAAAUGUUUGAUACACUAAAACCUUAGCUUAAUCUCCAGCCAGUUCAAAAUUUCUAUUUCCUCAGAAUCCUAUGCCUACCCCUAAGGUUGGAAGGGUCAUACUUAUUUUCCUCCCUGGUUUUAGGGUGAGGGGUGAUUAUUUUCCUCUCUCCUUACUAAGGGUCCUGGAGUUCGGUGCCAAACCCAAGCCUACUUAUUGAAGAAGAUUGUUCCGUCAUGUUCCGUGAACAUCACCUUAGUGCCAAAUAUGAUCUGCUUUUAUUAGGGGAUGAUGAAAAGAUUCUAUACAACCCUCAGAGCUAGAAGCUACUUUACAGAGUUACCUCCUCACCAUAGCCUGGGGUUUUGGAGAAAAUGAAGAAUGAUCAUGCCCACCAGUGGCACCAGGGCUGAGGGAAACGCCAAGGAGGCCUCUGUCAUGAGGUAGCUCUGUGGCGUUAACUGAAAGUCCUUUUUUACUGGGUAGUGCAGAGUGCGUGUAAGGAGAAACCAGGGGUUUUAAUGUGGACUAAUUGCAUUUACUGGGAUCAGUACUAAGAACUCGUUAGCCAAAUAACCUCCAAGAUCCCCACAGUAAGGUGUUUCUCUCUAGAUGACCUGUUAAGUAUACUUUAGACCAAGACAAAAUGUCAGGCAUCUCUGGUUCUUUAUGCUCAUGCAAUAUCGAAUGACGGGGAUAAGGAAGAGACAUUCUACCUGUGUGUGUGUGUGUUCCUGUUCCACCCAAGGACCACCAUCCAGGACAAUGCUCGGGGCUAUUGGACUCAGGGUAUAACCUUAGUUAUAACAGAGCAUUUAAUCCCUCAUCAACUAUCCUCACGGCUGAGCCCUUUCAUGGUGAAAGGGCAAUCUCAGGAUGGGAUGGAAGGGACUAUACCCUCAGAAUGCAGUACAAGGACGUGACAAAUCUAAUAACUGAACAACCUACCUUAUUUCUCCUUCACACGAAUAUUUCUCUUUUCCAUCACCCACACUCGAGGUGGAAGUAAAAGACAUUGUCAUCAUUGCCUUUGAGUCUGCAAGUCCUCACGGAAAAAAAUAAGAUUGGGGAACAAUGGAGGGAGGACUGAUCAUUAUGGUUUUUUUUUGU